AUUAGAAAUUCUUGUUAAACGAUAAGACCACAUUUCCAUUUCCUCUCUCCAAACCAGCCGGUCCAAACCAAUUCCCUUCAAAAUUUUCAGUUCCCGUAAAAAAGAAAAAAAAAAAGAAAAAAUGAAAAAAUGAAAAGACAAGAAAUCACACAAAACCAGUAAUCACAGGCGAACCGGAACAUCACAAAAUGGCCCUUUCUACUUCACCUCCACUCUGAGCCGCCUCCAAUCCCCUGGUUGUUGCAAAGGUUAAAGAGAAACCGGAGAACUGGAGCGAGUAGAGGACUGAAGCAUCGACUAUGGGAACGACUACGACUACGACUAGCCUUGAUGCGGGAGGCGAAGACCGGGUUAUGGCGGCGGCUCAGCAGAUAGUGAAGAGUCUCAACACUGCAAAAGAGGUUCGUGAAGAUAUGCUUUUGAUUUUCUCGAGCUUCGAUAACCGCUUAUCCAACAUCACCAAUUUAAUAAAAAAAGACUCUGACAGUACCGGCGUCCGGUUUGACGCCGCCGAGAAAGUGAUCCUCCGGUGGGAUUCUUCCUCAUCUAACCCUGACGCUUCCCGUCACUCUCUUCCUUGGGAAGACUCUCCCCAUGAAGCCGCCGAGUUCCUCUCAGCGGUUGACGAAAUCCUUAAAUUGGUUGUUGAUGUGUCGAUUCGGUCCGAUAAUGAAACCAUGGACCGGGCAGAGGCCGCUGUUCAGUUGGCAAUGUCGAGGCUAGAAGAUGAGUUUCGGCUUAUUUUGAUUAGGAACACCGUCCCACUCGACGCGGAGGGGCUUUACGGUUCGAUCCGGAGGGUUUCCCUUUCUUUCGCAGCGAAUGAAGGGGAGAUUGAUGAGGAAUUUGAGAGUUUCGGAGAGGUUGAUAGCGUAAGAGGGUGCUUUCACGAGCGAGGAGCGAGCUUGGGAGAUGAUUUAUGUGUUGAUUUGAUAAAUGCUGAUGCUGUUGUGGAGUUGAAGGAGAUUGCAGACCGGAUGAUCCGGUCUGGCUAUGAAAAAGAGUGCGUUCAAACUUAUAGUAAUGUUAGGCGUGAUGCUUUGGAUGAGUAUUUGGUGAUUCUUGGAGUUGAGAAGUUGAGUAUUGAGGAAGUUCAGAAGAUUGACUGGAAAGCUUUGGAUGAAAAGAUGAAGAAAUGGAUUCAGGCAAUUAAGAUUACUGUUAGGGUUCUUUUGAGUGGGGAAAAGAGGCUUUGUGAUCAGAUCUUUAAUGGUUUCGAUUCGAUCAAAGAAAUUUGUUUUAGUGAGGCUGCUAAAGGAUGUGUAAUGCAGUUAUUGAAUUUUGGCGAAGCAGUGGCUAUCGGGAAAAGAUCAUCUGAGAAGUUGUUUAGAAUUCUGGAUAUGUAUGAUGUGUUGGCUGAUGCAUUGCUCGAUCUUGAGAUGAUGAUUACAGAUGAAUUCCUGUGUAGUGAAGCAAAGGGAGUGCUGUCUGGAUUAGGCGAUGCAGCAAAAGGGACUUUUGAGGAGUUUGAGAAUGCUGUGAAGAGUGAGGCCUCAAAAAAACCUAUGCAGAAUGGUGAGAUUCAUCCACUUACACGUUAUGUGAUGAAUUAUGUCAAACUGCUUGUCGAUUAUAGCAAGACUUUGAAUUUGUUAUUGGAGAGUGAUGAGGAUGAAGAAGAUGAUGGAUUACAGAGUGAAGAUAGUGAGCUUGAAACUACGACUCCAUUUGCUAAACGGCUGUUGUUGUUGAUAUCCUCUUUGGAGUCCAAUCUCGAGGAGAAAUCGAAACUGUAUGAGGAUGGUGCAUUGCAUUGUAUAUUUUUGAUGAAUAAUAUUCUGUAUAUAGUGCAAAAGGUGAAGGAUUCUGAGCUGGGUAAGCUUUUGGGAGACAAUUGGGUUCGUAAGCGGCGUGGCCAAGUACGACAGUAUGCUACAAGUUAUCUUCGGGCUUGUUGGAUGAAAGCUCUGUAUUGUCUGAAGGAUGAAGGAAUAGGUGGUAGCUCUAACAAUGCCUCCAAGGUGACCUUGAAGGAGAGAUUUAAGAACUUCAAUGCAUGUUUUGAAGAAAUAUAUAGGAUUCAGACAGGUUGGAAGGUCCCUGAUCCUCAACUUCGUGAAGAGUUUCGAAUUUCUAUAUCAGAGAAAGUAAUUCCUGCUUAUCGAUCCUUCAUGGGGAGAUUUGGGAGUCAGCUAGAGAGUGGAAGGAAUUCUGGAAAAUACAUUAAGUAUACCCCAGAGGAUCUGGAAAAUUAUCUAUUGGAUUUAUUUGAAGGAUCACCUCUCAUUCUUCACCAUAUGAGAAGAAAAAAUUCAUAGGAUAAGGACUCGUGUUAAAGGUAUGGCCCUUGCACUCAUCAAGGACUUGCUAGAGCAAGAGUUUAUCUGUAUAUGUAUCUGAUGACCCCCUUUUGUUUUGUUUUUUUAAAGUUUGUAUGUUUAAUAAACACAUUUUGUGAAA